GAUAGUUGAAAAAUAAUGAUAAUGUUUUUACACAAAAUUUAUAAUUCGGUGGGAUCAUGUGUUUUAACCACGUGGCAACCUCUCACUGCCAUGUUUACCUCUCCUCGUAGCAGUCCGACACGGUAUCAGUCUUCAGUGCUUCACUGCCUUGAAUGCGCCACCUCUCACCCCAACCACCCAGACAAGCAGCAACACACUCACCGACCUCGCGCUCUUCGCCUAAGACAACAAAACUAAAAACGAAAACCAAAAAGAACAGGCUCGGUCCAGGUUUUCUGUCGACGCCCGAAACACAUCUGGGGUUCCUGAAUCUGUUUUCCGAGAAGUGAUUGCAAAUUGUUCUUCUUUAGUUUUACAGUCAGUAAUAAAAAAACACAAUUUUUUUUUCGGUUUCACCCAGAGCACAUCCCAAAGGCUGCUGAGAUUGUCGGAGAAAAGGAUGCAUGGCAUCAGAUUAUGACCAUGUGGCCAUUGAAUGCAGGAUAAACUAUAGAAAGAUUGCGCUGAAAAGAGAUAAUAUUUGCAAGGGAUACUUAAGAUGAGCCAAGCCUACCAAGGGAGCAACCCUGAUGGCUUGGCAGAUGUCCCCAUGAAGCGCAAAAGGGGUCGUCCGCGGAAGUAUCCAAGGCUAGAUAAUGGGGAGAAAGCUCAUGUUGCGAAGGAUCAGAGUUCAAACCAUGGGGUGAAUGGUCGUGUCCCUCCUGCGUGUGAAGAUGUGAAAGGAAAUCAGCCCCGUCAGGUUGAUUCAAUUAGUGAUGCAAAUGAUGACAUGGUGGGCCAGGAAGUUUCUGGUGUCAUUGAGGCAGGAUUUGAUGCGGGAUAUUUGCUGAGCGUUCGGGUUGGCAACUCCGACACCACUUUGAGGGGUGUUGUCUUUAAGCCUGGACAUUUCAUUCCUGUUUCAGCUGAGAAUGAUGUGGCCCCAGACAUGAGAAUGAUCAGGCGCAAUGAGAUUCCUCUCCCAGCACAAACUUAUUCUAAGGUCCAUGGCUAUAACCCUCGAUACACAGAGAGGCAAAAUUUUAAAUCUCCAAGAAAUGGAAAUAAUUCAUUUCAGGUGCCUGGAGUAGCACCUGAGUCUGCUAGCCUUGUGGCCUUGAAAGGCAAACAGGCUUCUUUGGUAGUUCCAAGGGGCAAUGUAGUGCCUCUAGUGCUCAAACCUGCUAAUGGGGUAGCACUUGCAAACCAACCAUCUCCAGUCGCUAUCCAAGGUGCUCAUUUGGCAGUCUCAAAGAGCAAACAGGUUGGAGGUGCUCAAUCAUCAGAUGCUUCAACCCUCAACAACCAGGUGCCAACAAUUGGAAACCAAGCACCUACUUCUCUACCUCAAGCCAGCAACCAGGUUACACCAAAAGAUUUGCGAAGUGAAAAUGUUCCGUAUAUUCAACCUCCACCAGAGGUGGUACCUGAUUUAGAAGUCACAUCAGCAAUAUUGCCUGGCAUGCCUUUCGAGAAUCUAUCGACUGAGGUCAGCAAGAAAACUCAAGCUCCAUCAGAGUCAGCAAAGACUGAAAUUGAAAGUAGUGGGUCUGCUGGUAAAAUGUCAGUUAAAGUUUCUGGCCAUAGUCAGAAAGAUGAAUUUAAUGACAUGGAUCAGCCCCUAUUAAUUGAGCCACUGCAGGCGGUACAGCCAAAUCUUCAGAACCAGCCGGGUCCCUCUUUAAAACCUAUUGAGAAUAAUAUAACUGGCAAAAUGACUGAGCUAUUGCAGAUUUUGCAGGAAACCGCAAUGGAGAACCAGCAGCCAGCAAAAGCUUGUGGACUGAAGUUAGAUGAACCAAGGAGUCCGGAAACUAAUCUCGGAGAUAAAGAAAUUGAUCAAACGAAGAAAUAGUCCGGAAUAUCAAGUGCCUGAUUUAACAGAAUACACUUUGAACUGUAUCUUGUAUAUGCAAUUUUCGUAGUAACUCACAAGAAGUUCCAGAUUGACUGACUGGAAUUAGUCAAUUAUGGAGAAACAUAUAGGCAAAUCAGACAACUAUGUGUGAGGUUGGGAUCUUAAAAUAGGAAAGGGCUUGGCAGAGGAUCCAUAUUUGGUUAGGCCAUCAGGAUCUGACAGUGUUACUUGUGCCUUUUCAGCUUGUAGUUCUUAAGUCUUCAUUGCUCACAGUAGCUUAAGAAAAAUCUAGUUGCAAGUAUAACUGUAUACUGAUAUGUACAUUAAUUUAAUGUGAUUGGUGAAAAAAUAAAUUUUAUUAAAA